AGGCAGAGCACGCCGCACACAGCGAGCGCACUUGGUCCGCUCCGUGCGAUAACCUCACCGAUGCAGCGGGCGACCUGAAUACACAAUCGUCCGCCAUCCCGAAGACGAUACUCAGAGGCCAACCGGCUCUCUGGCCGAACACGCUGAGCUACCGUGCCGGCGUCUGAGCCACCGAGGACACAGAGGAUAGCGCGACUGCAGGUGCUGAGCGGCGCUCGUUCCCGACUGCGAUGGAGGUGCUGAACGCGAGCGCGGCGGCGGCGGCGGCGGCGCCGUGCGCCACGUAUGGCGUGCACGCGGUGGUGUACUCGGCUCUGCUGUCGGCGCUGGUGCAGAUGACGGCGGCUCCGGACGAAGCGGAGCGCCGCAGCUACCCGGCGGAUGCGUGGGCGACGGGCCGGCUGCAGGAGGAGUACGACUGGCUGGUGGUGGGCGGCGGGGCCGCAGGCAGCGCCCUCGCCGCCAGGCUGGCCGACCACAGCCCCGCCUGGAGUGUGCUGCUGCUGGACGCGGGCGGCGACCCGCAGCCCGAGGCCGACGUGCCGAGGCUCUUCCCCAGGCUGCACGCCACGCAGAUGGACUGGCAGCUGCGCACCGACCCAGAGCGCGGGUCGUGCGAGGCGUACGGCGAGCGCGGCUGCCCCUGGUCUCGGGCCCGCGUGCUGGGCGGCAGCAGUACGGUCGGACCAGGCCUCUACCACCGCGCCAGCCGCAGGGACUUCGACCGCUGGGCGCAGCCGGAGGGCUGCCAGCACUGGGCCGCAGAGCACAUGCUGCGUGCCUUCAAGGACGUCGAGGACUACCAGCCCGCAGACGCCGCCGGCGACCACCACGGUGUGGGCGGCGAGCUGGCAGUGGAGUCGUUUGCAGAGGAGGAGCCGCUGCUGGGCGCGCUGCUGGAGGCGGUGGCGGAGCUCAACCAGUCGCUAGUGGAGGACCUGAACGCGUGGCCAGCCGACGGCAGCGGCGGCGGCGUCCUGGGCUUCGGGCUGCUGCCCGGCACCGUGCGCAACGGCACCAGGUGGAACGCAGCCAGGGCCUUCCUGCGCAAGCCGCGCCACAAUCUGCACGUGCUCAAGAACGCCCAAGUCACCAAGGUGCUGAUAGACCCGGAGACGAUGACGGCGCUGGGCGUGCAGUACGAGAGGGACGGCGAGGUGGGCGUGGUGCGCGCCUCCCGGGAAGUCGUCCUGUCAGCGGGGGCGGUGGGCACGGCGCAGCUGCUCAUGCUGUCCGGCCUGGGGCCUGCGGACCACCUCCACGACGUGGGCGUGCCCCUGCUCAAGGACCUGCCCGUCGGGUACAACUUACAGGACCAUGUGACCUACCGCGGCCUACUCCUUGUGGAGGAGUUCGUCGGCCGUAAGGAGUCCUCGGACGCGUUCCUUCAUAUGGCAGAGGCGUACGAGUACCUGCUGUACCGAGCCGGCCCCCUGUCCUCCCCUGGGUACCACAGCCUGGCAGGCUUCAUCAGGAGCGGCGAAGACGCAGAUGACGACGCCCCUGGCUACCCCGACGUCGGCAUCUUCCUCUUCGGGCUGGAGUCGCGGCACCGGGAGUGGAUCCUGCAGCGACAGCGCGAGCUGGGCUGGUCGGAGGAGGCGGUGUCGGGCCUCGAGGAGCUGCUGGACAGGGGGGACGCCCUGGUGGUGGCGCCGACGCCGCUGCGGCCCUUCAGCAGGGGGCGCGUGCUGCUGCGGGGCGCCGACCCCACGCUGCCGCCGCGCAUCCAGCCCAGCUACCUGCAAGACCCCAGGGACGUCGACACCAUGCUCGCGGGUAUCAGGUUCGCACUGCAGCUGGGGCGGUCCAGAGCAGCGCGCGCGGCGCAACUGCGCGUGCGCGACCUGCCGCUGGCGGCGUGCAGCGACCACACGCCGCUGUCGGAGUCGUACUGGCGGUGUGCGCUGCCGCUGCUCAGCGAGUCGCUGCACCAGCCGGCGGGAACGGCGCGCAUGGGCGCCCCGGAGGACCCGGAAGCCGUCGUGGACUGCCGCCUGCGCGUCAGGGGCGUCAGCAGGCUGCGGGUCGCCGACGCCUCCGUCAUGCCCACCAUCGUCAGCGGGCCGCUCGACGCCACCAGCAUCGCCAUCGGGACCAAGGCCGCCGACAUCCUCGCCGAGGACUGGGAGUAGACGUCCGCCUCCGACCGCAAUAAGCUAGCCAAGUCACAUUGCUUGCUUAGCUUCCUCAGUACUGAGCUGAGAUUAUAUGAAUGAAAAUUUAUAUUCGUUGUUAAAGCAUUGUUGUGGGACAAAAUAAGGUAAAUGUACGAGGAGCGUUCAGUAAGUAAUGCAACACAUUUCUUUCUGAAAGCCGAUUGAUGUUAUUCAGGAUUCUAAUACAUCAUAUUAUUCCUCACUCUUUAACACUAUCUUUGUACAUAAUCCAUAAUCUCCGUUCAAUGCGACGGCCUUACGCCUCCUUACUUGGAGAGCACUUAUGCUCACAUAGUACCAGUCUACUGGUCGACAUCUGAGCCAAGGUCUUGCUGCAUCAAUAUCCAACAGACAUCCAGUUGUGCAGCGAGGUGUUUAAUUGUGAUCCUUUGAUAACCUCGAAUGAGAGUGUCCGCACGUUCCAACGUUGUGGAGUAACAGCUUCUGUUAGGCGGCGAGGAACUCAGCGGGCACACACCUUUGAGUACCGCAACUGGCGGAUGAGUGUGUUACACCACCCUCAUUGGCACUGUAGCGAGAAGGAAGUGCUUCUCUGGACGGUAUCACUAACCUGGUGUCUUGCUGCUUCGGUAAGUCCCUCGUCGCACAGUAGUAGCGCUCAGUCGCCAGGUUCCAUGUAGGUGGUGAUCCUGCUGAAGUGGAGUGUUUAGGGAUGCCAGUUGCUCGUGGCUAACUCACCCUGCCUUCCCGAAGGACAAGAGAGAUCACCCCACCUUUCUCCUUCAGCCAAUAAGGACACUACUCUCGUUUCCUAUAUAUAUAUUAUAUAUCCAAACCUUCAGCCAAUGGGCGUUCAGAUUGCUGUUGAACGGCGGAUCUGACGUCACGUUUGCGGACAUUGUGACGGAAGUUUGUCUCUCAACACUGUCUCAGAUUGUAAGAUCCUACUCCCGAAUAGUCGAAUCUUGUCCCUACUAAGGUUGCACAACAUUGCCUCCUGUGAAUUCAUCACUAAUGCUCCUUGCUGACGCUUAAUUGUUAAAUGUACAUGUAGCCUGGCUGUUACUGAGCAUUCCCGAUCUCAUAAAUGUGCGUAAUACUUGGCUUAAACAAGUGAAGGGAAUGCAUGUAUGCAUUAGUGUCAGCACAGGCAACAGAGACGUCCUGUUGUGCAGUGAAGUGUUUGAUUGUGCUCCGUCCAUCACUUCGAAUGAGAAUGUCCACACGCUCCAACAUUGCAAGAGUCGCAGGUGUGUAACCGGCCAACACGUGGGAUACGGGACAGGUUUGCGCGACCUUGUUGAAUGAUGACAGACGCCUCGCUCAAUGACUCACCGACCUUUUGUUCACUUUCAGGUCUCCGUAGAAAUUCUGCAACCGCCUAUGAAUAUCUGCGCUGCUCUGGUUUUUUGCCAGUGACAGCUCUCUGCUUGAAACGCACCUCCGUUACAGAUGCCAUGUCGAAGGCUGCGUAUAGCGCCGCGUUUCGGAACUUCAUGAAAGCAUAGAGACUGAAGCGCGAAUAUUCCACGACUUCUCACAACAAAUUCUGCAUUUUUUCAAGUGGAGUACGCCGUGAAAAACCAUGUGUUGCAUUGCUAACUCAAUGCUCCUCGUAUUACAUUUAAAAAAUUGGUUCAUUCUCGAAAUUUUAGAUCUUGAUCAAAGUGAAUACUAUUUAAGUUAGAAAACAACUGACAUACGUGCAAUACUCAGAAAACACAGUAUUAAACACCUAAACAUUACAAAAACAAAGCUACUAGAAAACGAAUGUAUUGGUCAUUUCCGGAUGUUGCCCCAGAACUAUAUUUAAAAAAUAUUUUUCAAAGUGUUGUUGUGUUGAAUUGUUUGAAAAUAACUUAAACGCAUACACUACUCAUGAAACUCAACAAUAA